CUGCUGCCUCAGAACCUGCUGUCGCCGCCGCCGCUGCCGUCCGAACCGCCACCCCUUCCUCCUCCCCCGCCACCGCCUCCUCCUUCUCCGGCCCCUCGGCCACCUCUACACGGCCCAGGCCCUCUGUCCUUGAGAGGAAUCCGUAUUCAGUCUCCUUCGCGGGCCCGGGGCGCAGCCAUGGCGGACGGCGGGGGCGGAGGGGGCACCGGCGCGGUGGGCGGCGGCGGCGCCGGCCAGGCCUCGGCGGGGGCGACGACAGGCGCGACGGGGGCCGGUGGGAGCGGCGGCCCCAUCAACCCGGCCUCACUGCCUGCUGGGGACCCGCAGCUCAUCGCGCUCAUCGUGGAGCAGCUCAAGAGCCGGGGGCUGUUUGACAGCUUCCGCCGGGACUGCCUGGCCGACGUGGACACCAAGCCAGCUUACCAAAACCUGAGGCAGAAAGUGGAUAAUUUUGUGUCAACACAUCUGGACAAGCAAGAGUGGAAUCCUACGAUGAACAAAAACCAAUUGCGAAAUGGUCUGAGGCAGAGUGUGGUUCAGUCAGGGAUGUUGGAAGCUGGAGUGGACAGAAUUAUUUCCCAGGUGGUGGAUCCCAAACUAAACCACAUCUUCAGGCCACAGAUAGAACGAGCAAUUCACGAGUUCCUGGCGGCCCAGAAAAAAGAAGCUGUGCCAGCACCCCCUCCAGAGCCUGAAAGCCAGGACCCUCCAGCUCCAUCCCAGGAUGCUUCCUAAGAAUAUGCCUGACACGUUUUGGAAGCUCCAUUGAAUUAAUGGUAAAGAACUGGAUUCAGUUACGUAAGAGUACAACUUCAGAGUGAAGACGCGCCAAGGUCAUCACUGACUUCACAAUUCAGCGUUGACUGUGGGGUGGUGUCCAGAUAAAGUAGGGAGCAAGUGGGCCAGUAGGAGAGUUGACCAUGUGGGCCCCACGUCGUGCUGCCGUCUGACCAGCCUGUCCAGGGGGUGACAACCCAGUAGACACUACAGAUACAUUAAGAAACACUACAUCAACUUGGGGUUGUCCUGAAACAAACCUUUGUACUUGAACUUAGAGACUGUGUAUGAAUUUUAGGGUUUGUGCUUGGGGAUAAGCAACAGCUACAAUGAAGGACCAUAACCAGUCUCAAAGAUGUAAUUUCAAAGAAUGACAGUAAAGGUUCGCCAGGAGUAGGUAUUUGACAAUGCUUAUUUGAUACUCUUUCUCAGAGUUUCAAAUAAGAGCGUACAAGCCAUUAGCAUCAAAUAGCUUUAAGGUUGUUGUGAUGCUCUUGUCCAUGACGCUUUAGCUUCCGUUUCCUUUCCCCUGUAAGAGGUGUCAAAACAUGGGACCCUAGAAUGCAUGAGGAAACGUAGACUUAGGUAUAAGGAAAAACAUUUGCAGGCUCUCUGUCCAGGGCUUCUUCCUAUCCUGCAAGGGCUAGUGAGUCUUGGGUGUGUUUAUUUUAUUCUCAUGUUUGUGUUUUUUAGAAGGUGGAUAAUUAAUAAGUGGCUUAAGUUUUUUAAUUAAA